AUGAAAAGAAAAGGGCAGGAAGGGAGAGCGUCCCAACCGGAGAAAAAACAGAAAAUUUUGGAGGAACCCAUUCACGGUCCUCGACCUAUCGUUAAUCAGUUCCUUUGUUUUGCGGAAAAAUGUUUACCUUGUAAGGUGUUGUUGGAUACUGGCGCAACUGGUCCUGUUUUGUCUGCUGUUUUUGUUGAUAGAUUUGAGGUCCCGAAGGUGAAACGAGACGUCCCGGCCCGGGUAUUUGGAUUUACGGGAGAAGUUAUGAAGGGCACGGGACACGCCUUUACACAACCGUUAAUUAUAAUGUCAAGGGGGCAUCAAACACAGUUGUCAUUCGAGAUCGCCCCCCUCCCACUUGGCAUCGAUGCAAUAUUACCGAACUGGUGGUUGAAAGAACAUAAGCCGGUUAUAGGGGCAAAUGGGGAAGUUUCCUACGAUGGUGAGAACUGCAAGAGUCGAUGCUUCACUGACAAGGAACCUCAAAUAGAGAUAGACGGAGGAGUACUGGACGAUCCGGAGGCCCAAUUCAUCGGUAGCAUCUGCUUACUGGAAGAUGAAUCGGUUAAACUCCGUGAAACUCUUCCCUCUUCGCUCCAUGGGUUCCUUAAAGUCUUCCUACCAUCAGAAGCAGAUAAAUUACCACCGCAUCGAUCUUACGACCAUGCGAUAGACCUCGAACCAGGAAAGCAGCCACCAUGGGGACCCGUUUACUCCCUAUCCGAAGUCGAGUUGAAGGUGCUUCGGGAGUACCUGGAUAAAAUGUUGCGAUUGGGAAAGAUUAGGACAAGCAAAUCCCCGGCAGGAGCCCCAAUCCUAUUUGUGAAGAAGAAGGACGGUAGUCUGCGACUUUGCGUUGACUACCGUGGACUUAACCGUGUGUCCAUCAAGAACAGGUAUCCACUACCGCUUAUGGAUGAGCUGCGAGAUCGAGUGGCAGGCGCGGUUAUCUUCUCGAAGAUUGACCUGAAGGAAGGUUACAACCUCAUCAGGAUUAAAGACGGCGACGAGUGGAAGACAGCCUUUCGUACGCGGUACGGGCAUUUUGAGUACCUCGUCAUGCCUUUAUCACGGGGACCGUAG